CUUGGUGCUGAGGGAGCGCGGUGAUGGGGGAAUGGGUUUAGUGCUGAGAGGGCGGGCAGAUGAUGGGCGGCUCUGCAGUUGGUGGAGCUGUAUUCUGGAGAAAAGUUUCUCCUGUAGGGAAGAGCACUAACCGCUCAGGGACGCCUGUCUCCCUGAUGGUGGGACGGUCUCUGCCCGCGCUGCCCUUGAGCUGCUCCGGGGCGCGCUGCUUGCCGGCCGGGCGGGCGGGAAGGAAGAACCACGGGCUUGAACAGAAACGGCUUUCCUGCACUGACAGAGUGACCUAGCGCUUCAGCUCCUCACAGGCAGUAAUGGUGUGAUGGCCAAGGCGCUGGCGAACGGGAGCCAGGCAGCGGGCACACAGGAGGAUUGCGAAGGCGGCUCCAGGAGGAGGAGCUGGGGGCUGCUGGUCACCGCUGGUGUUGGGGGGACCUUGGUGGCACUUUAUGCUGUGGCCACCCCCUUCGUGGCCCCGGCUCUGAGGAAGGUGUGCCUGCCCUUCGUUCCUGCGACCUCUGCUCAGAUCCAGAAUGUGCUGAAAAUGCUGGAAAACAGAAGUGGCUCUCUAGUUGACAUUGGUAGUGGGGAUGGGCGUAUAGUGAUAGCAGCUGCAAAAAAGGGAUUCAAAGCUGUUGGUUAUGAAUUAAAUCCCUGGCUAGUCUGGUACUCUAGAUACCGAGCCUGGAGAGAUGGGGUACAUCAGAACACCAGAUUUUAUAUUUCAGACUUAUGGAAGGUUUCCUUUUCCCAUUAUACAAAUGUUGUUGUUUUUGGGGUACCUCAAAUGAUGCCACAGUUGGAGAAGAAGCUAGAAGAAGAACUUGAAUGUAAUGCCAGAAUCAUUGCCUGUCGUUUUCCUUUCCCUUGCUGGAUUCCAGAUCAUACUACUGGAGAGGGAAUAGACACUGUAUGGGCCUAUGACUUGAAACAUUCUAGAGGAUGUGAAACAAAAAACUUGGAAAUUACACCAGAGACAGAAUCAUGAACAUCUAAUUAGUUUUCGUCCUGAAAUUUUGUGUCUUUGCUUGUUAAAGAUUAAUGUGAACACAGCCCCAGGUUAUGGAGAGAGAUAUUUUCUACAAUAACUGGUUAUCUGAAAUCACACAAAGGUUAGUGAAAAGCAUAGUCAAAUGGCUUAGUGUAGUUAGUAAAAAUUAUGAGAAAGUUUUGUAGAAGCAGAAGACUUUAAUGUGAAAAAUGAGAUAAAACAUGGUUUACUACUGUUGAUGGGAACAUAUGUAUAAGUUAAAAUGCUCAAAUUGGUGAACUUAAUACAUGCAUUCUUUCUGAGCCUGUAUACCAUUUGUUGUUGGUGUUGGUGUGCAAGUAGCUUCUCAAAUGAGCUGUGGUUCCCAAACGUCUUCAUUGCGUAUGCCAAGUAGGCGUAGUGCUGCAUACACUGAACUGAUGCAGAUUGAGUAUGUUGAUGAUGCCAGUGUUUUACACCUUGGCCUUCAAUGUGUACUUUUUAAAGUUGGAUAUGACACAACAAGAAAAUAUAACAAGUUGUUUAUUCAUUAACACAAGUGCAGCCCUUUAUUAUAUUAAUGUAUUUUUAUUAUGUGAAGACAAAACUGAAAAAAUGAGCUCUUAGUGAAUACUUACUGGUAUAAGCCUUUUCAAAUGACCAUUAUUUUUCCUGACCUCUCUGAUUUAGGAAGGGUUUCAAAAGUCAUCUACUUGGAAGUGAAGCGUCACCACUUCUGUGUGCUUAAACCUUAGACAAGGUGUGGGUGAGAGUUGCUUACUGGAAUGGGUAAUGAAGACUGUUUCCGAUUCCAGGGCUAGUUCGUCCGGCUAGCUUGGUUAAACUUGGUUAGACUUCAUUGAAUUUGUAGUGAGAAAAGAAGGGAGGUUUUCAGUCAGGCUUUUUUCCCUUGUACUUUUCUGAGGUCUGAUGAGAUCUCAAAACUCCUGGCAUCGCUGCAUGGCUUUUCUUGGAAGUGAAGCAAGUUCUCCCCGCCUUUUUGCUGAUACUGGUUUGCUGUGGGGUACUGUCACUGCCAUGACAUUUUCCUUUUCUAACAUGGUUUGAGAACUUUUAUUAAUUUGUAACAGUCUGCUUACUUGGUUGGUCUUUUGGUUCCCAGGCAAAGUUUGACUGUUUUCACACAUUAAUAACUAGUCAAAGUUCAUAGUUAACCUCCUCUGGCCCCCAUGAACAUAUAGACUAUUUGUUAAGUGAUGACUACAUAAGUUUGUCAGACCUUUUGCAUCUAUGAUAUGCAUAGAACAAAGCUAAAACAGGGUAGGCAAUUGUCAUCUGACUUCUAAGCAAUUAUUACCACAACUGAAAUUAAUUUAGGCCAAGAGAAGUGCUGAGACCAUGCAAUUUCAGGUAAAUACAAAGCCUGUGACAUUUUAUUAAGUGUUGGGAAAGCCUGUUUGCUGGGCUAUAGUAUCUGAUUUGAAGUGAAGUCAGGUGUUAUUUGGGAUGUAUAGUCUGAGGCUUUUUUCUGGUGGGAUGGGAGGAGAAAGGAGGAUUUAAACUACAGUCUACACCGAAGAAUGGAAGUAGAGCAGUAGAAUAGUUUUGUUCUGGUAAUGUAUACAAAGCAGAAGAAGGGGGCAAAUUGUAUGUGCUCUGGAGUCUGUGAAGGAGAGAUGAUUUCAGCCUCGCGGGGGAAGGCACAUUUGUCAACAUGGAGACUGUAUGUACUGAAUAAUACUUGAUUUCUGGUCAGCAGUCUUUUACAGCCUUUCACCACAGUGUAAUGUAGUACAUCUUGUAAAACUACAGUAAAUUAUUUUUACCAUGAUUUAAGUGUUAUCAUUAUUGCACAGUGACAGGACAGGGCUACAGUGGCUUGUCUAAAAUGGCUGAAUUUACUUUAAUAUCCCAAGGCCAUAAAACUGGAACCUUAGACAAAGGAAAUCUGAAAUUAUUUCUAUUGAAAAAGACCAUACAACAGGGAAAUUAGCUUAUUAAGCCAAAUCCUUCCCUGAAUGAUUAUAAAGGAGAAAGCAAAAGAUUUUGAUUGAUUGAAUAGUGACUCUUCUGUAAUGCAGUGCUUUGACCCAAGUUUUUACUGCCUGCUUUCAUUGAAGUUGGUUUGCAGGGAAUGAAGCAGAUAUUUACUUUUUCUGCUGUGUCUGACUAUGUCUAUUGCAUUAUCAUUUGCCAGUUAUAAAGGUAAAAUUGAAUUUCUCAGUUCUGCCUGUGGUAAAGGCUUUGGGGAAUGUACUUCUUAGUUACCAUCUGUUGCUCCAGAAAUAUUUGUUAAGGAGGGCAAGUUAGAAUUAAUGACGUGAUGGCCUGAGCUUUAGGAGCACUAAGCGUUGUCCUCAAGGCAAGGAGAGAUUUAUGAAUGCUUUUAAAGUAAAGCAGAGGGCUGUUUCUUGCUCUGGCCAUUUACUUUUGGGGGCCUACACUGAGACAGACAGUGGUCUGAAGGUGCAGUAUUCCUUGUUACAUAAGGAAACAUGCUGUAUUUCUGUGUCGAUGGCUGAAGUGUGAAAUGGAAAGCGAAUUGCUCUAAUUUACACAGGGGGACUGGGAAAGCAUUUUCUUGUCGUGUUGUCCUCAAUUUUUCCAUUACUUGUUGUGUUUAUUUGAUAGUUUACAAGAUUAAAUACUUAACUGUGAUUUCAGUUAUCACUGUAUGGAUUAUUAUAUUGAUAUUCUUCCAAUUGCUAGGCUCAUGUAUUAUGAUUUCAUUGAUAUACUACUUCAAAAUACAAAUUAUUUUCUUCUGAAAACCAGGAAAGCCUUAGAGAACGGUCUUAAUGAAAUUAUAGUCUAGUUCUGAAGCCAAAAGAAGGAAACCUUCAAGCUACACAUACUGUUCAAUACCAAAUUCAGAUACACAGAAAAACCUAUAGUUUAUCUUUGUUUACGUUCUCUAGUAGAAUCACGUGCCUUUGGGAAUUGCUUGUUUUAUUUUUUCCUUGCCUUGCCUAGGUAGGGUCAGAGUUCUAUAGGAGUCAGACUUUAUUUUUUUCUUUGUUUCUUGAGAUACAUUAUGUCCCUGCAGGCUUUGUAAUGCAAAAACAGUUGUGCUAAUGCACAGUUUGAGUGCUACAAUUCCAAUUUUGUAGCUUUCUAUUUUGCAUAAAUUUGCUUUCUAGAGAGAAAUAGGGAGUACAGCUACAAGUCAGCCAUUUGAUAUGCAGUGUACUGCACAGUCACUACAGCUACACAGCAAUGUUAACUGAGCUUGUCCAGAUUUGUUUGUAAAAUGUGCACAUAUUUUUUGAGCUUUAGGCAUUUCUGUGUUACUGGGUGUAUUGAAGUUCCUGACUUACCCUCUGGAGUCUGAUUGUAUGUUGUCACUUAAUCUAAUACUGCUCCAAGAAAAUUAACCCUCUGUCUCUGAGCCGCUGUUUAAUUCUGACUCAGGCGUUAUAGCGAGGUAAAAAGGUACAGAAUCAAGUUUAAAAUAAAGCACUGCAUUUCACAA